AUGCCUGCGACCAUGUUGAAUUCUCGUCAGAGUUCUCUGAGGUUCAGUGCCAUGGUGAAUGGGAGAUCCGAGGAACCACUGCCAGUUAUGCGGUGGGAUGGUGCUGCGAGGUCGUGUACAAACUGGAACAAUAUCCGCCGAGACCCUGAAUUGUGGUUUCGAAACGGAAACUGUAUGGUUCACUUACACGCAAAAGGACACUCAAGAAGAGGCCCAUCCUUCAAAGUCCCCUUUACAACCCUCCUCAAUACCCAAUGCUACCCUCUCAUCGAGAGAUUCCUCGUCUGGGAAUCCGACCAAAAGAAACCUACCUUUCGCGAACUCGUGCGAUGGAGCAGAGAGAACCCUUCACAGAUGAUCGAACUGUACAUCCCACCACCACCCAACGCAGAUAAAGCUCAAGCCUUCAACUACCAUCUAGCCACUCGCAACUUCUUCGCCUGGAUCUUUCGACGAUCAAUGGUCGGCACAAGUCUUGGCAGCGCUGUAAUUGGCUUGUUGCACAGCAUGCACGAGUUUCGCUGCGGCGUGGAGGAUAAUGUGGCCGAUAUGCUGGACUACUUUGACGAGGAGGGCUACCUCGACAUGGCCAACCAGCCCAAUCACGCAUUGGCUAUGCUGCAGCUCGCAGAGUCCUUUCAAAUGCGGGAUCUUUAUAUCCGGGCUUUUGCUCAUUGCGUAGGCAUGAGCGAAUACGUGUUUGAAAGCCCUGGUUUCAUGGAACUCAACCCCGCGACUCGCAAACUCAUUCGAAAGAGACAUUUGGAGCUAGACUACCGCGUGACCCGCUCGUCGUCUAUGCUUAAAACUUUCCUGGAUGAGGAGCUGUCAGAGGCGCACUUGAGCGUUGCAGCUGGCGCCCGCGCCCAUCUCGAGCGGUUCCGAAGCUUUCUGCUAUCGUUUUACACGGCCAAGUUGGGAUAUUACCCGCCAGCCACUGCCGAUCCCGACGACGGCGUGUUUGACCCUGCUGCUCUGCGAAUCAUGCGUGAGGAUUUCGAAGCCUUGUAUGAUCUCCUGGUUGAUGAUCAGUAUACCAAAUCUUAUACCAUGCCGCCUACUGCGCAUGGAGGAAUUUGCACUAUGCAGUUGGUGCAGUCUUUUGAUUUGCAGCAUGAUUACGUUACCUUAACACAUCCUCUGCCGUUGAUUCCUGAUUCCAGUGGACAUAACUCGCGGCUAAAGGCGUGGCGAAGGUCUGAACGCAAGGUUACUGCUCACGCAGCACUUGUCAACGCUUCGAAUUUGAUCAAGCCUGGUGUUUCGCAGAAUGAUCUUGUGAAAGCCUACAAGCGCUUUGAAGAGGACUCGAUCAUGUCUCCUAACAAGGCCGAUAAGUUGGAGAAGGUGUCGCUGGUGGAUGCUCGCAAAGUGCGAUGGAUUCUCAUCUACGCGACGUACCAAGUCCUUCGCCACGUUACUGAGCUGGCACCUGAGCUGGAAGAGGAGGAGAUUAACGAAGCUCACUACAGCUUGUCUGCGCAGACUGAGGGACUUCCACCGUGGGAUACACCUCGGGAAAUGGGCCAUAUGCUGAAGCGUCAGACGCAGUAUGUCACCGGCCCAAUGGACUGGACUGUGUACGCAGAUGACGAAGCUAACGGACGAGACGAUGCGAGGAUUGAGAUCAAGCCUGACAUUGACUACUUUGCUCUCACACAACAAUCCCGUCCGCAGACGCAGAACGGUCAAAGGGAACGUCGAGCAUCGAUGCCUUCUCGCCCUGUCAUGCCUCCUCGUCCGUCGCGCUCAAACUCAUUCUCCCAAGCUCUCAGUCGCUCUUCAACCUUCCGUCGCUCUAUGGCUAUGUUUAAAUCGCCUGGCAGCACUCCGCCUCAAUCUAUCGCGCCUGCUCGACCUACAUACCACGAGAUUGUCGUUCACGGGUACGGCAACGGAACAAACGAUGUCAGUCUUGAUGCAGAACCCGAAGCAGAUCUCACUUGCGAAUCAAAGCUAUAUGAUCUGGGUCCUGAAUUACCUUUGCCUUCUCCCGAGAGCAUCAUCGAUCCUCCUUCUUGCCCUGAGAGUUUUAUCUCACCAUCACCUUCCCCUCAGAGCAUAAUUUCCCCUUCGCCCUCCCCCGAGAGCUUCAACGAAAGCAUCGACUCUCCCCGAGACGUCGACACACCGCCCCUGAUCGAACAUUACGUUGAACCCAUCGUUCCCAAAGAUGUCAAAGCCCGCCGCGAACGCCGUCGCGACGUGCGAAGCAUGAUCGGCCGCGUCCCCAAGCGCAACGGCCGACCCAUCAGCGCCAUCUUCUCCGACAGCUGCAGCUCUUUCGAGAAGGACGCGACAAGCCGACGACACAGCAUGUUCCCCGCCCCAUUGCGCAUCAAGACACAAGUCGAUGAACCCUUUAUUCUGAGCGAAGAUGCGGAUUGGGCGGCGAUGCAGUCAUUUAUGGAUAGUCCUGGACAGAUGUCUGAGACGGAUGAUGAUAUGAUGCCUGCUUGGGAGCAGUAUGCUGAUUUGGGAGGGUUGACUGAUAUGCGGUCCUAA